AUGGAUCUUCCAAAUUACACGGCACAUUUCAUUUUUCAAUCUAUUUACUCCACUAUCGGAAUUGUUCUUUACCUUAUGCAACUCUGGUUUAUUCUCUCCAACUCUGGUAAAAUUUAUGGGACCACUUAUUAUUACUUGAGAGCUGUUGAUAUCAUUGUGAAUCUUAUCACUAUUGCCAAUGGAUUUAUCAUGAUGAAACUGACCAGAAUUGCUGGGCAUGAAGGAUUAUUGGUCUCGUUCUAUGAUAUGAUUGAUGCUACAUUUUCUUGUAGGGUCUUCAUCAUGCUUUCAUACCUUCUGGCCUACUACCAAUAUAUAAUCGUGUUCAUAAUCUCGGUAAACAGAGUUGUUGUCCUUUUCCAAUGGAAAUCCUCCGGAAAAAUGACAAGCUACGAAACAGCUCAAAUAGUCGGGUACAUAUGGAUCAUGAAUUUGCAUCGAGGCGGAUUCGGAGUCCCUUCUCUUGUCAAAAAAGACACAGCCAAUGAGAAGGAACCCAUCGUAGUGAUGAAAACUGUGAACAAAGUGAACAAUUAUAUGAAGGAGUAUGAAGUGCAAAAGUUUUUGAGCGAGAGGAAGGAGUGCAAGCAUAUCGUUGAAAUGUUUGAAAUGCAUGAAGUCGGAAACGUUGCAAUGUUUUUGAUGGAAUAUUUAAUCCAAGAAGAUCUCCAGCAGAGAAUUGAGGCACAAGUAUCGUUGUCACUCACAAAAGCGCAGUACUUCUACCGACAAUUAAUCCGAGGAUUGGAGUUUAUACAUUCCAAAAGAAUUUGCCAUCGAGAUAUCAAACCAGCCAAUCUUUUUCUGGAUGGUCGAGAUUGCCUAAAAAUCGGUGACUUCGGAUUGUCCGAUUAUUAUAUGGAUGCCCAGGGAAACCAAAUCCUUCUCAGGAACAGGGUUGGAUCACAGUUUGCUUCUGCACCAGAAGUGUGGAGUACGAACAAUCUGAGAGUCGCACGCACACCAACGGACCGUUGCUCAACACGAAUAGUUCUGUUUGCACUAUGCACGAGAUAUAUGAAUUUCAUGAACUUCAACAUUGGAUCAUCUGCAUGGAGCCAAUUAGAUGGCAAAGUGAUUUUAUUCCUGCGCGACGUUCUGAGUCACACACCUCAAGAUCGUCUGACAAUCCAAGAUAUUAAAGCGGAGCCGUGGUACAUGGAGGAUAUUGGAAGAGUGUUACCAAUACCUGAACCGGUGUGGUUGAGACCAGAGCUUGAGGAUAUGUGA